AUGGAUGCACUCUUUACAUUGCCGGCCCUCUCUCUCUUUCUCAUUCCCACAAUCGCUUCAUAUAGCACAAGUCUCAAUCUGAUCUUCUUUUAUAUGACAUGGAUGACCUUGGUUCUCUCACACACACCCCUGCGGGUUGAGUUGUUCGGCACCGCGGCUGUGCGACUGCUUUUCUACGUCCUCCCAUCCCUCCUCUUCUUCCUAUUCGAUAUCUUGACACCAUCUGCUGCAGUGGUAAUCAAGGCGCAUGGCGAACUGGGACUCCCGGCCGGAAGUAAGCGCAGCAAAAUCCGAGCCAAGGAUCUCAAGGUCGCGGGGUGGGCGCUGGCCAACCUCACGCUGAGUAUUAUCACGCAGGCGGCCAUUGAGGAAGCCCGCACCAGCAUCCUGGGGAUGCGCAGCGCGCUCAAGGUAUCCAUGAAGCUGCCGAUGCCGUGGGAGAUAGUCAAGGAUUUGCUCCGGGGGUUGUUCGCUCGCGAGGCCCUAGCAUACACCAUCCACCGCUACGUCCUCCACUCCAGGCAAUACAGCGUAGCAAAGUACCACGAAACAUGGUACCAUUCGCUGCGCGCGCCCUUCCCGCUCACCGCUCACUACGACCACCCCGCGGCAUACCUCCUCGCCAACUUCGUCCCCACCUACGCACCCGCCAUGUUCUUCCGCUUCCACAUGCUCACUUACCUCCUCUACCUGUCCGUCAUCUCCAUCGAGGAAACCUUCGCCUUCUCUGGGUACUCCGUGAUGCCGACCAGUUUCUUUUUGGGGGGCAUUGCGCGCCACACGGAUGUGCAUCUGCUUAGCGGGGCGGAGGGGAAUUUCGCGCCCUGGGGGAUCCUGGACUGGAUGUGUGGGACGACUGUGGGGGAUGCCGCGGAGGAGGAUGUGUCUGUUGCGCUCACAGAGGAGACGCUGAGCCAAGAUGGGGAUAUGGAUGAGAAGAUCCGCAGGGCGGUGGAGGAGUCUACGAGGAGGUUUAGGGAGGAGAGACGUCGGCUGCGGAGGAGGCGGAGGGAGGAAUAA